CUUUUACUUUGAAGGUCCGGGCCGGAUGUGCGGCGGUGUUACUGUUGUGAGUGACAGCUGCUCGCGCGCGGGAGGAGAGCGGAGCUGCAGGUCAUCUGAUCAUCAUCAUCAUCAAUAUCCCCAUCGAUCCAGAAGCGCGCGCGUCCUGACAUCCUGUGUGUGACGUCAUGGGGAACCGGGGGAUGGAGGACCUGAUCCCGCUGGUCAACCGGCUCCAGGACGCCUUCACGGCCAUCGGCCAGAACGCGGACCUGGACCUGCCGCAGAUCGCGGUGGUGGGCGGCCAGAGCGCCGGCAAGAGCUCGGUGCUGGAGAACUUCGUGGGCAAGGACUUUUUGCCUCGUGGUUCAGGUAUCGUCACUUGGCGCCCCCUGGUGUUGCAGCUCAUUAAUUGUCCAACAGGUGAGACUGGUAUGUUUACAGACUCCGCCUACUCGACCUAA